CGGGCGGAGAGCGCGGCCUCGGCCCCCGGGCAGCGGAAGGCCCUUUCGCGGAGAUGUAUGCAGCUGAAGAAAUUGGUGGAUGAGAAUACAAAUGCUCUUCAUAAUUUGAAAAAAGCUGAUGAGCCUGCGCCUGUGGGGAAUUACGAUCAGAGGAAAGAAGAAGAAGAAAAGCUAUUGCUAAAGCUCUCUCAGCAGCUGCAGAAACUUGUUCUUGUCUUGGAUCAGGAUAAUGGGACUAUGAAUUACGCGGUGGGUGAGGAACGUCAGAAGGAUCCUCAAACAGAAGAUGAAAAUGGAGAAGAGGACGAGAGUGACGAUGAAGAAAGUAGCGAGGAGGAAGACAGUGAAGAAACAGAUGAUGAAGACGAGGAUAAAUUGUUGGAUGAUCCAAAUGUUAAAGAAUGUAUUGCAGUUGGAAACUUUAAUGCACAGCAGGAAGGGGAUCUCACAUUUACGAAAGGUGAGGUCCUGCUUAUACGUGACAAGAAGGCGGAUGGCUGGUGGGUAGCUGAAAACUCGAAAGGGGAGAGAGGCCUCGUUCCUAGAACCUAUCUUGCGGUCCAUAACGACGAUGUCGACAGCCAAGAGCAAAGUGAAGAACACAUAGAAGUGGUGGAUGAAACAGCAGAUGGAACUGAAAUUAAAAAAAGAACAGAUUCUCACUGGAGUGCUGUAAGAAGAGCUAUCACAGAGAAUGACACAGUGGAGGUAUUGGCAACCAUAGGAGCAGUUCCCGCAGGAUUCCGCCAAUCCACGCUUUCCCAGCUCUUAGAAGAAGGCAAUCAGUUUCGAGCAAGUUACUUUUUGCAGCCUGAACUUACUCCAUCACAGCUGGCUUUCAAAGACUUGGUGUGGAACUCUGACAAAAAUACUAUCUAUCCUAGACCAACUCGAGUAUCCCUGAUUGUAACUUUAUGUAGCUGUAAAAUGAUUCCUCUCCCAGGAGUCAGUAUACAGGUUCUCAGUAGACAUGUUCGACUCUGUCUAUUCGACGGCAACCGGGUGCUGAGCAACAUUCACACAGUGAGAGCUACAUGGCAACCUAAAAAUCCUCAAACGUGGACCUUUUCUCCGAGGGUAACGGGCAUUUUACCCAGCUUGCUGGACGGUGACUGUUUCAUCAGGUCCAACUCUCUGUCUUCAGACAUUGGUAUAUUAUUUGAACUUGGCAUCACUUAUAUUCGCAACUCAACAGGUGAUAGAGGAGAGCUAAGCUGUGGCUGGGCAUUUCUGAAGCUUUUUACUUCUAAUGGAAUGCCUGUUCCUUCCAAGAUGUAUGAGCUGCUAUUAAACGGUGGCACUCCCUAUGAGAGGGGCGUUGAGGUCGACCCAUCGAUAUCAAGAAGAGCAGGCAGUGGUGUCUUUCAUCAGUUUAUAACACUCAAGAAACAGCCUGUGCUUGUAGUGAAACUGAGGUCAUUAAGUGCGCAGUCAAAAGACAUCCUGAACUUGCUACCAGAAACGUUAAUUGGCAGUAUGUGCUACAUCCACCUCUUGAUAUUUUAUCGACAAAUACUUGGUGAUGCGCUCCUGAAAGACAGAAUAAGCACGCAAAGCACAGAAUUAAUCUGUAAUCCUAUUUUAGCAACUUUCCCUCAACUCGUGGAUCAGCCAGACCUGAUGGAUGCACUUCGGAGUGCUUGGGCAGACAGAGAAAGAACGUUGAAGAGAUCUGAGAAGAGAGAUCAAGAAUUUCUGAAGUCUCUGUUUGUCCUGGUGUACCACGACUCUGUCUUCCCUCUCCUCCAGUCCACCUUCCUCCCCGACUACAAGUGGGCUGAGGAAGAGUCGGAAGCAUCUCGCUGGAAGGUGAUUGCUGACUUUUUGGAAAAGAGCCGAGAGAAUGAUGGUGCGCUUCAGUAUCUGCUGUCGUCAGAGAACACUCACAAAGCCUUUGAUAUCGCAGAGCUGUCUUACGAUUUCUUAGGAGAAACGAGGAAAAACAAUCCUGGUGUAUGAAUGGAUUAUAGAAGAACAAUUCAGGCUAUAUAACAAUGGAGUAACAAUAUAAAUAAAUUCUUACCAAAGAGAAACUGUGUACUAUCUGAAUUGUAAUGAAUAUUUUAACACAUUUAACACUAACAUUUUGAGAGACUAAAAUUAUUUUACCAGUUGAACUAAUGGAAAUUAUAUUUUAAAUUUUUGACUUUGCAAUGUUAGACAAGGCUGUGGUUGUCUGUUGCUACACGUACCUGUUGUAGCCACAUCAGGUGUCGUAUUUUGCCUAAGCGGAGCAAAUGCUGAGGCAGCGCUUUUCUCCUCUCAUGCAGCUUCCAAUUAAUUUCCAGUUUUGUUUUAAUCAGGACGAACAAAAGACUCUUUGUCACACUACCCCAGCAGAGUGGUAACAGGCAAGGAAAAUAGCAAUGAUCUUUAAGAAUGGUGCUGAGCAAGGUCAGCCAGGUUCGGAAAGAAAAUCAUUUCUUGUCCAAUCAGUGGCCAGCAGGUUGCUCCGUAUUUAGACUGUUUUACUGUUUUUCUUUCCCACUCAGGAAAGGGUUGGGUUAUUCACAGGAAUGUGCUUGACCCACCUAAUACAACUGGAAGCUGGUGAGAAUUCAGGGCAUGCUGUGUUUCCCCGGCGCAUGGCCACGCCAUACGGUAGCUCCCUCUGUGCUGACUUUCUAGGGCAGGCUAAUGAGCUGCGGGGUAUUCCUCAGGUGGACCAGGACGUUAAAGGCUUCUUUUCCCUGAGCAGUUUGUAACCACAGGCCGUAUGUGCUGCCCGCUCCCAGCGGGAAGCUAUUAAUCCCAUUUCUCUGUUGUGCUGGAGUCUCUGGAUGCUUUCUGCACGGUGACAGCUACGUUGCCACCGUGUCCGACGAGGUAGGCGGGCACCGAGUCACACGUGGAUUUAAGUCCGAGCCAGGCACUAGUUUUGUCUGGUGUGAAAUGUUUUAAAGUAAGAUCUUUCAAAGACCACGGCACGCUGCAUGGAGCCCAAAGCCAGCUCCCACUGACAGCAUUUGUAAACUGGAGCCUCCAGAAAUGCCACAAAGCACUUGCCCCCGGCCUAGGAGGGGCUUGGACAAUAAGAAACACCAUGGAUUUGUUGCUCUGUAUUGCGCAAGCGCUCGGCAUAGAAGCCAAAUUCCUAGGGCAUCACUUGGCUCUCCUAACAGAGGAAUACGAUAUCUUACCAGGAUAUCGUCCUCCUCCUGCUGCAGAGUAUUGCCUGAGUUAGAGAGGACAGAAUGACUUCACUAGGCCACAAGGCAGAGAUGCCACCUUCACCAGUUAUCGGUGAGUUAUGGCGUGAGGCAGAGUCCUCUGGGGAAAAAACAGUGUGUACUUGUCGAAUCCAAAGCGCAUCUGCCAGGAGGUAGAAAUCAAAGCUGUCCCGGUAGCUGUCCUUCAGACCUUUCUGGGCAUUUAGGAGCACGCGGGCAAACCCUCCUGUCUUUUAUCAGUGUGUUGAGUUACCUGUAAAAAAUGUUUGGCUGCAAGUUUUCAAAGGCUGGACGUGCCCGGUGGGUGUGGGGGAGUCUGACGUGAACACAGAGCAGAAACCUGAACAGAAAAGGGAGGAGGCAACAAAAGCAAAAACAUUUCAGGCUUGAAAGUAUGCCAAGGACAAAAACUGAUUGCAGGAAACGUUUCUCCCCCGGCGUGGUGUAGGAUUUUUUUCCUUUCCCCUCUCAUUAAAGACCUUGAAUUGAUUGUGUGCCGGUGGUGGGGCCGGGGUCCCGCUGCUCUCCCGUCCCAGUGCUGGCAGCAGGGUGUGUGAAGUCAGCCGCAAUAACCGGAGGGCUCCUGAGGUCUCCUUCAGCCGGAGGAAGCAGCGUGGUGCCAGCCUGGGCUGGUUUCUGUGAUUACGUCCCUGCGGGUGUGUCGGUUAAAACCCUGCACGGGAGCGGCACGGCGCAGACAAAUGUGAGCGGAGCUGAGCCGGAGCGGUCGUGGCAUCAGCUGGAAGAGAUGGCCUCGGUGUGUGGCCCUGCGGCCUCCAGUCAGCCUGCCUUGCCCUCCGGACCCGCCGUCUUCAAGACCAUCCCCUAUGCGUUCAUGCUACCGGAGAUAGUGAGUAUGCCGAGCUUUGCGGCGUUACAGCACCCCACUAAUGGCUCUAGCGAACCUAAAAAUCAGGGGGCAGCCCCCAAAACGAUCCUGAAGACAGCAUUAAUGGGAAAUAAUGUCUUUUAGCUUAUACUGAAUGCACAAAGGUGGUCUUUGUGAUGUGUUUUUUUUGGAACAGUUUGAAGACAAGAUAUGUUCCA